CCCCGCCCCCCUUCCCCAGAACCCAGCCAUGUCCGCCAGCGGCUACAGCGAUCUGCGCGAGAAGCUGCAGUCCCGGGAGGUGAAGAAGAGGAAGCAGCCGGCCUCGGACACGGAGGACGAAGAGGCGGAGCUGGAAGAGGAGGAGGAGGCGCGGAAGGUGCGGAGCGGGAUCCGAGGGGAGGGCUACACGUACGGGGCCCAGCUACAGAGAAGGGGCCCGGGCCAGGAGCGCCUCUACCCCAAGGGUGACGUGGAUGAUAUCCCGGACUGGGUGCACGAGCUGGUCAUCCGUCGCCUGGUGGAGCACCGCCUCAUCCCCGACGGCUUCGUAAACAGCGCUGUUAUCAAUGACUACCAGCCCGGAGGUUGUAUAGUCUCCCACGUGGACCCCAUCCACAUCUUCGAGCGGCCCAUCGUCUCAGUGUCCUUCUUCAGCGACUCAGCCCUGUGCUUUGGCUGCAAGUUUCAGUUCAAGCCCAUCCGCGUGUCUGAGCCGGUGCUCUUCUUGCCUGUGCACAGGGGCAGCGUCACCUUGCUCAGUGGGUACGCAGCAGAUGAAAUCACACACUGCAUUAGACCACAAGACAUAAAGGAGAGACGCGCUGUGGUAAUACUUAGAAAAACUAGAUCAGAGGCUCCACGCCUGGAAAAGGCCCUUAGUGGUAAUUAUCACCCUGAAAAACUGUCUGGGAACAACAAGCAGCAUAUCCUGAAACCAAAACGCUCCCACCGCAAAGCUGAUCCUGACGCAGCACACAGACCUCGUGUUCUUGAAAUGGAUAAAGAAGAAAACCGAAGAUCUGUAGUUUUACCAAAACCAAGGAGAAGGAGCAUAGUCAGCUCUGAGAACUAUUGGAGGAGGCCCUACGAGUACGUGGACAACCACACAGACACGGGGGAGGACGAGGGAAGCCCGGCCCGGAAAGUAAAAAUGAGGCGACACUGAGGAAGCUCUUCCACGGACUCCGGUCCCCAGUCACUGGACUGUGGAACUACCUGUAUAUUUGGGUUCUUUUUUUUUUUUUUUUUUUCCCCCCCUCCGCCAAGGCGGCAUUGGAAGACGCGGUCUCUUCUGUAAAUCAAUGCAACGUGUUUUUGGAUCCAGUCUUUCCCACUUUCCGCCAUCUUUUUCUGACGUGCGUUCGAGUUUAUGCCAGCAGAGGAGCCUUCUCAGAAAAAAGGGGGGAGCGAGCAGCCAUCGUGUUCAGCGUUGAUCCUCCUUUGCUGAUGGUUUACAAGCUGCCUAUUGGCUGGAGAUGGAGAGCAGCUUGAAUGGCACUGAAGGAAAGUACUGUAUAUGCUGAAAGUGAAAGAUGCCAGCUCUCUCAAGGAACACUUUGACAACGUUAAAGUUUUUUUGUUUUUUUUUUGGUUCAACAGUUU